AUGAAGUUAAUCUUGAAGGAAUUAAUAGAGCCUAUGGUUAUAAGUAUGAGUUACCUUCCUUACAUAAGCGAACCUAAAGUAACUCAGUACUUUAGAGUUUUAAAACUGAUUAAAGUCCAUUUGAAAGAAUCAGCUAAAGACGUUAGCUUACAAAGCAAAGCAGUGCAAUAGAUAUUGAUAAAUUCAGUUACUAACCUACGAAAGAUAUUGAUGUAAUUGCAACUGCAAGAAUAAAAUGAUAGGAUGACCCAUUCAUCUAAAAUUUAUAAAAUCCAUAGAAAAAUGUCCUCUAAAACUAAUUAUUUAGUUCCCUCUAAAUAAUUCCUGAGAACCAUCAUCUAAUCCUAAGAUUAUUUAUCACAAGAAUUACUUCUUAAAAAAAAGUAAAGCAGUAAAUUAAUUACUGGAAGAAGAGAAAAAGGAUUAUAAGGUAUUGGUCUAAAUCCUCUCCCUAAUAAGCAAUAAGACAUAAUAUCUAAGAAAAAACAAAAGAAAAAAUUCAUAGAAAGAUUGAUAAUGGAUCCUACAGAGACAACUGUCUCAAAGCCAAUCAAUCACUUUCAUUAAUCUAUACAAAUGAAAAAUCCUAUAUAUGAUUUCAUCUCUAAAGAAAAAAAUAAUAGUGAGUCGAUAUUUCCCAAGAGCUUGUAAAGGAAUGAAAAUCACCUUAGUAAUUAUUACUAAUCAAUUUUAACAAAUAGAGAUGAGUAAAAAUCUCUUUUUGUUUAAGAUAGACCGAAUCAUCUUUCUUCAGUCACAAAAUCUGGAAGAGUAGGAAACUCUCAUGACUUUUUAGAAUCAAAGAGGAAGACUCUGGAAAGAGUUCUUAAUAAUGAACUGAGUAGUAAUCUCAUAUCGAAUAUUUUCAUGACACCUCAAACUACAAGAUAGGACAGCAGAUCAAUGAAACUCAAUCAAAAUAUAAUAGGUAAUGCCUAGUUUUAGAGUUAAUUAGCUAGCCUGCCUAAUAGUUACAAUCCAGUUAAGGAUAUGAUUAAGAAUAAUUAAUAUAGCACACCUGAUAUUAAUGAUAAUAAGUAUUUUAAGAUUGAAAAUAUUUACAAAACAAGCUCCCAGAAAAAUACUAAUGAUUAUUCACACAGCAGUCUGAAUUAAGGUAUCUCAAAUCUUAAAGAUUAUGCCUUACCAUCUGCUGAUAGGAAAAAUAUUGAUAUUAAAACUACACUAAACAAUGUAACUCCUCUGGAGUAGAAUUACUUUAGUAAAGAGCGUUAUAAUGCUUAUUUUGGAAUGGGUUUAUCAAGCGAAAUGCAACAGUUUCAUCCAGCUAUGAAUAAGAAUGAUAAGUUCUAAGACAUGAUGGGAUUAAGUAAAAUGCUUGAUAAAAGAAUAUUUAAUAGCAUGAGAUCUGCUGGUGAACUUAAUAAUUUGUGA